AUGCAACCUGAAACUGACGAAAACAAAAAGCUUUUGCCACACCACAAACAGGAGCCGCUCUGCACCAGUCGCUUGCCCUACCGACAAGGCAGAAAACUUACAGCUGUUAAAGUGUAUACCAUAGCUUUGGAAUCCAACCAUCUCCUCAUCUUUGGUGUUCCUGCUCUCAAUCUCCGUCAAGAAACCAAAGCCCUAUUUAUGAAGUUUGGCAAAUUAUUACAGUUUAAUAUAUCACCGCAACACCCAUCAGAGAUUUUCACGGAGACAUACCACGCACAAUACGAAAGAAUACAAUCCGCCAGAAUAGCAAAGCGAAUGUUGGACACAAAAAACUUCUACGGCGGUUCAUUACACGUCUGCUACGCUCCAGAGAUGGAAACAGUCGAGGAGACCAGACAGAAAUUAUUGCAGCGACAAAAAGACGUGCUAUACAGGCUCAGAAAUUUGCAGAUGGCAGAGACUAAACCCAAAGAAACAAUUGAUAUAGAAGUGCCAAAAGCAAAAGUUCCCAAGCUUAAUAUGGGUGAAAUAAAUACAAUCAGUUUAGGUGAACAGGUAAAAGUUUCUAGGAGCAAGAGAAAAAAAGAUGUAGUAGAUUCAAACAAGACAUUUAAACCGUGUUUUAUAAAUGAUUCCCUUAAUUUUGUCAGUACAGAUAAUAUACAACAUAAUAAUCUCUGUGAUACAAAAGAAAAAGACAUAGACAAUGGAUUACAUAAUAGAGUAAAUGACAAAAACAUAAUAAUAGAAAAAGGACCAGUCUACAACAGUGAAGUGAAAGUCAAGCUUAAAAAAACUGAGGAAUCACCAGUAGAAGUGAUAGACUGUACAUCCAUUGAUAAAGAGGUUGUAACUAAUAUUAAUGAACAUUUAAACUAUGAUAAGUUUGGUAACGAAGACGUCAGGAAAGUUCCAAAAAAACCUGUUAAUAGAAUUGUAUUCAAUGUUAAUAAAACUAGUUGA